AUGGGAAACACACAAGCAAUAUUAUCAGAGAAAGACCAAAAGGAUUUGUUACAAGCAGCUAAUUUUAGCGAAGUGGAUAUAAAAAAAAUGUACAAAAGAUUUGUUGAACUUGACACAAAUAAAAAUGGACAACUAGAUCCAAAUGAAUUAUUUGACGUUCCUGAAAUAAGCGAUAACCCACUAGUUAAAAGAGUCAUAUCAAUCUUUGAUUCCAACUCGGAUGGAAAAGUUUCUUUUGUGGAAUUCUUAGUUGGCAUAACCAAGCUAGCCUCGAGCACGGAUGAUUUUCAGAAGAAGAAAUUUGCCUUUGAUAUAUACGACAUAAAUAAGGAUGGAAUGAUAUCCAACGGGGAGCUGUUUACCGUUAUGAAGAUGAUGGUAGGGAAUAACCUAAAUGAUAUACAGUUGCAGCAAUUGGUCGACCGAACCAUUAUACAGGCCGAUAAGGAUGGAGAUGGGAUGAUUUCCUUCGAAGAAUUUAAAGAUAUGAUAUCCCACAUGGACGUUGGGAACAAAUUGAAGCUAGAUCUGUAG